UAUAGGUUAUAGAUUAGGAUUGGAACUGUUUUUGCAAUAGUGUUUCUACCCGGAAGUCUAUCUUCUUGUACAACAGCGAACCCGUCACAGCUCACUCUAUAAUGUCACGUUUCGUGUCUCUCGGCUUACAAAAAUGGCAAAGGAAGCGACUGAUGAAAUGUCCGUUUUAUCCGCCAUAUACUGCGAACAGGAUGAGUUUAAGUUGCUCGAAGAGUCAGCUGAUAGGGGAAUUGUGUACCGCAUACAUACGCUGGCAGAGAGGAACAACGAGAAAACUCCUCUAAGCCUUAUUUUCCACAUCUCUCCUGAUUACCCCCACACACCUCCAGACAUCAGCAUCAGUUCCAGCCACUUAUCGAGGAAACAGUGCCAGCACCUGAGAAACAGUUUACUGGACAGAGCACGAUCACUUCCACCAGAGCCUAUGGUCCAUGGCUUAAUUCUGUGGCUUCAGGAAAACUUCUCUGACUUGAACAAAACAUCAAGCUGCCAUUUAGCAGAGAUCAGACCGGAAUUUAAAGAAGAAACCUGGACAGCAUUACUACAUAUAGAUCAUAUGAGAUCCAAAGCAAAAUACAUUAAACUAAUUGAAAAAUGGACUUCAGAGUUGUGUCUCACUGGGAGACUCUUUACAGGGAAGCUGAUAUUGAUUCUGCUGCAAGGAACAAAAGAAAAUAUUAAAGAAUACCUACAUCUUCAGAAGACUGUGAAAGUUGAUGUUGAUUCCUCAGGGAAACGCUGCAAAGAAAAGAUGAUGAGUGUCCUGUGUGAGAUCCCACAAUCAGAGGAGAAGAUAAUGAUGUCAACAUUUGAAGUGAAAGACAUUUUAUCACUCGAUGAGCUCAAAAGGGAGUUUGAUCUUGUCGGGCUAACUGAGGUUUACCACCAGUUUGUGUGCGCACUCAUCUGAAGAGCACAUAGCUAAUGUGUAACAAACUCUCUCCACUAGGUGGAGUCUGACUCUAUGUCUUCAGCUCUUUGCUGCCUCAAAAUGCAAUUUUCUAAAAAAAAAAAAAAAUGUAUAAUGCAAUGUAUACUUUCUGACUGUACUCUCAGUUACAUAUGAGUCCCAGGUCAUACAGGACAUGUCUCCUUAAAAGGACCAGUGAUAACACUCAGACAUUGCAUGAAAUUGUAUACAAAAUAUCCAGACAACAUCAAGAUAAACUGCACAUGAUAGAAACUGUUUCCUGUUGUUCUCUAUAGCAUAUUUGAAAUAACAAGGAUUCUCUCAGCUUAAAAAGAUAUCAGAUAUUCUCACUUUGCUUUUAGUGUUAUAUCUGGAUAGUCCAUUUUUGUUCUUUUUUUUAUUAGUACCAGCAAGCUAUAAAUCUGUGAAGGUGGUAUGACAGUACUCCUGUUGGCUAUAGGCCAGGGCUCUUCAACAACUUUCUUGCAGGGGCAAGAUUAUCCAGAAAGUUUUUCCAUAUUCAUCUUAGCUAGCACUUUCAUUACAAGUAACGUUACUUAAAAACACCCUUAACAGUGUGCAUUUAUUCAUAUUAAAAUAGUCAAAGGGUAUAGUGUAUAUUGCCCUAUCACUAUAUCAACCCACACAUGAAAACAAUGGUCAUAUAGAAAUAUCAUGUUUACUAAAGAAUGCGUUAUUUUUUUUUUUUUUUAAUAAAAUACAAAGAUAAA